GCUCGUUUCUCGGCGGUUAGUUUGGAUUGUGGUACUGCUGCUACCGUAAGAGCUGGACGUAGCCGGCGGUUUAAUUUAAAUCUUCCAAUACAACUGCUUAGCUAGAUAUCAUAACUGUCUGGGGAAGAAUGGAUGACUCUACGAAACGUGUUCUGCAGCGAACGAUGAGACGGAUACCGUCUUACAUGCUCAGAACAACGCUGGAGAAGUGGGGCCGUUUGACUGCGGAGCAGCAGCAGUCCAUACAUUGUAUUCAGUCAAAAUGGGCGAUAACGGAAGCGCUACUGACCAUUUGCGAGGAAAACAAGUUGGCAAUGAAACACCUCACAGAACUCGAGAUGAUAUAUAUCAUGGACAAUCCAAACCAGGGGAUGUGGUAUGCCUCCCAGCUCUUGGACCCUGAAGAUGAUGCUCACUCUGUAGACCUGAUGCAGUUCAAGGAACAAUUUAAAUCCCACCUCAAAGAGCUUGUGAGACAUGUGUCUGUCAAAAUAAAGAAGAACACAGACCAAGCCGUAUGGAUUCGUAUUGCGUGGGGAGACGCCUUCUCUCGACCCAACCACCUGAAACCAACAUACGUCGUCCACUAUCUCCAAACCCCGUACGUCUUUGUGACCAGCCUGACUUUAAAGCAGAAGCCCCUGUUGUCCCAGGCCGUGGUUCUGUCCACCAGAUAUCGCGCUAUCAAGGAUGCUAACCUUAGUGGACGGAAACUCACUGCCAUUAGGGACCUUCUGAUGAGGACAUAUCAACAGGUGUUUCCCACCAAGUAUCCAAGUCCUCUUACAGAAAAUAACCAAACUAUCUCAAACCCGCACAUAGAAAAAGAACAAGCUGAGCCUGCAGCAAACAGACUUCACAUGGCCUGCAAGGCCUUUGGUGGUGGGGCGUUACCUCAGCUCCAGUCUGCAGUUUACAAGCUGGAGACAAAGUUCAGAGACCACUCCAACAAGACCAUGACGGAGCGGGAGGAACCCUUCAGAUGUGUUGUCAAAUUUGCAAGCACGAACCUCCUGGAGUCACUCAGACACUGUGCAUCUUCAGGAAUUGCCUCCACCCCUGUCACACCUCUGCUCUCAUGUAUCCCCUUAAAAGGAAGAAAUUAUUUUGUCAUCACAGACAAUGACCCUGGUCCCUCCUCACAAACGCGCCAACCACAGAACUGAUGGCCGACAGGCCCUUCAUCUAAAGCAUUCAGAGUGUGGCCCGCCAUGUCCAGUCCCCACGGGGUUUGCUUUUAUCAUUCCUUGUUCAAGACUCUCUGCGUGCUUACAGUUGCAAACAUGUCAGUAGUUGGCAAUAGGUUAUUGUCAUUUUGUCAUUUAUUUUUUGUUGGUUUUUAAGUAGGAGAAUGUUACUGUGAUGAAAUGUUUUCUAUGUACAAAUUGAAUAUAAAAGCAGGAUUUUUAAUAUUCUUGUAUUCUCUUCAUGUCAUUUGAUCCCCACACUCGUCAUCUGACCAUCUUUUCUGUAUUUUUCAUUAGCUAUAGUGUUACUACAAUGUGUUGUGGAGUAUUGGCUUUGUAUAAAGGUCUGCUGGAAGGGAACCAGCUUUUCAUAAGUUGCUUGUUUCAGGGUUCAUUAAACUAUUUAAAGGACAGGUGCACAUUUUACAAGUCCGUCUUUAAACAAUACUUAGAUGCCCAUACGUACUUUUAAAGAGUUUAUGGUUCCUCCUGUCAAAACUACCAGCAAAGAGUUCCCUUCCCAACACAACUACACUGCAAGAGAUGGGGUAGAGUCCACAGUCCUCGUUCUGCUCUAAAAUGUAUUUGUAACAUACCACAAAAGUGAAAACAGAAGAAUUUAAAAAACAAAUUUACAUUCAAUACAAAUCAUUUUAUAUAAAAUAAAUCCUAUACUUUUAGUUAAAAGAAUUAUAACCAAGGCAUGUAGUGAGUGCACAAUUUAUGGUGGGCCAGCGAUGUAAUGGUGAUACUGUUUCUAUAUAACUCCCGGCAUCUCUGCACUAUUUCUUAUUACUUGGAGGCAUACAUAACCAAUAGAUCUGUGACUAGCGAAUAUUGGAUAAUUUAAGCUCAGGCAGUGUUGGUCAGGCUCUCAUAAGACAGCCCACAAUGGCCCGUGUAUGGGUUUGCACAAUUAAAGCCUCAUUUUUCUGUGUGAG